UUCUUGUAACUUGUUACUGUUAGUACUUGUUUAUUUGUUCUGAUUCGAUUUGGUCCUAUGAUACAAAAUUUAUACAGUAGUUCACUGGUCAUAAAGCAGCAGUUAAUUAGUUAAAAAUGGCUUUCUUUGCUUGUAAAUGUUUGAACAUUGUAUUGCAAAGCGAUAAAAUUGACGAAAUUACUGAUAUCGAACGUUUGGAACUCUCAGCUUCCGAACAAAGAGAUAUUUUUUUCUGUGAGAAAUUGAUAUCAUGUCCUCUAAAUCUUCUAAAAUGUAUUGUGGUUCAGCCUGCUCUUGUUGGAAAACGGACUAUUGGCCAGUGGAUUUUAGAAACAUGCUUAUCUUGUGGCCAAUCAGUUGAUGCGAAACUACAUGACAAGGAACAAGUGCUUAUAAAUAAAUCAUUACAGACUACACAGGAGAACAUCAAUAAUUUGAAAAAAUCAAGUAAUUACUCACCUGUCUUCAACUUACUACUUCCUGAUGUGACAAAUGAUGUGGAAAUGAAAGAAAAUAUUAAUGAUGUUAAUAACCAAAUAAUCUAUGAACCAAACUCUCUACCAUCAAUGGCCAUUAUUGGUUUGAGGAAACAGCUCAAUCAGACAUUGCAGAAACAGAUAGAGAUGAUAGAGGAAAGUGUAAGGCAAUUCAAAGAUCAAAAAUAUGCAGAAUAUGAUGCAUUCAGAGAAAGAGCACAAAAGGACCAUAAAAUUUUAGCUAGUAUUAUAAGCAAAGCCAGAAGCAAUAUGGAGAGUGAUAUCUGGAUGGACAGUACCACUAAUGACAAUGGCCCACCUUCACCACUUGUACCACCUCUUCAAAGACGUAGGCUCUCUUCACUAAAAGAUGCAAAGAAGUACACUAACAACCUGGUAAAGGCAAGUCAACAAAUAUCGCAUGAAGAAGAUUCGUUAGAUGCGGAAGAUAUAUUUGACUUAGAAGGAACCGACUCACGGAAUAUGGGUUCAGAUUGUGAUGACUAUGAAUGUGAAUCGGAAGACAGUAAUGACGAGGGCAUCCAGAUAACACGCGGCCGCGCCGUGACCUCAGAGAUGGCACGCUCGCUGCCCAUAGACAUGCCGAAGUUCCCCCAGGAGCGGCGGGCUCGUGCUGAUAUUGAUGAUCAUGAACAAACACAAGAUAUAGCAGCCAGUAUCAAGGCACUCGCUCGAUCCGUCCAUAGUGACGUAUUCGAUCUGCCCAGACCUCGCUUCUCCACACAGAUCUAGCGAGCUUCGCCAAAAUAUUAUCCCUACAAAUGUCGUAUUCAUAGAUCAACUUACGUGUGUUUUUGUGACGUAAAUAUGAUUGCGAUCGGUAACAGGGAGCUCAAAUGUUAUAUGCUCAAAUCCAUAGGGUUUAGCGAACAGUACAAAAUGAUAAGACUAAGACUAAUAUGAUCUCACAAAUAUUAUAAAUAUACUCCAAAGCAAUUAAUGAAUUACAACGUCUUUUUGGUCUGCAUUGCCUCCAAUAAAAAGGCUUGGCAUUUGUCGAUAUUAACCGAAUGCAGCUAGUUAGGAACUUUAUCCCACUUCUGAUGUGAGAAGACAGAAGUAUAUAACGUAAACAAAAGGUUUGGUAAGGACAUAAACAAAUAUAAUUUGGAAACAAUAUAUAUUAACAACCAACACUCAUUAGAGUAUUAAAAUGUUGGAAAAGUUUUUCUCAUAACGAGGUAUCUAAAUAUCGAUAAGUAAUGGCCUUCACUAAAGUCGCAAUUGUGUUUACGUCCUAGUAUUUAGUGUAUAAGGACAAGACCUACUCCUGACCCGAAGUCAAUAUUAUAGUGUUGUGCAUAGUGAUACUCCGUGCUUCAGACGUUGUACAAGUUGGUGCUUUGAAGAUGUGAUCUGUGACCCUCACCCCCAUACAUAUAAUGCUCCUUAAUAGCAUUUAGUGAUACGACAAUAGCUCUAACGACUUGCACAUAACUAUGCCAUGUAGAUUACUGAUUCGUUUAGUUAAGAUUAUGAUGUUUUUAUGUACAUACAAAGUCUUUAUGUAAAAUUUUUAUACUAUGACUAUUAUAACUAUAUUAGGUCAUGCUCCAAUAUAAAUUUAGUAUGUAAGCGAGAGGCUAUUGAAUGUUGUUAUUAUUUACAUAAAUAACCAAAAAGUCUUUAUUAGAACUCGUUAAAGUGCAGAUUGUCUGAAUGAAUACAUACCGUACGGAGCCUAAUUCAUGUGGUAAGUUAGAACGGUAUUGUCGAUAUCGCGCGCUCCCUCGCACUUUCCGCCGUAAGGGGCAUAGAGGGACGCUAAUAAACGUUGACCAUUUGUUAAAUUUUCUUCCAUCACCAGCACCGUUGGUGUGGUUUUGUUUAGAGCUCAGGAUGAAUGUUUUAUUUCAUCUUCAUGACUGGCGUGAUUGUAUGUUUGUUUCAACAUCUAAGUCAUAUUUUAUCUGUUAACGAUUGUUGCGUUAUUAAUAAGUCGAGAUUGUAAAAAAAAAAUAUAACUAGUCUGUAGGGUCACGAUAAAUCAUUAAAAAUCUAGAUAUUGUAUAUAAGAUCCAUUUUAUUAUUUGGUAUUGGACGGUGUAGAACUCCCCGAUAUUUUUAUAUCUAAUAUUUUGAAUGAAACCGCAGCUGGAACUGAGUAGAAAUGGAGUGGGCUUCGGUGGCGUAUAGUGUAUGUAAGCGUAUGGUUUUUAAUUGUUUUACACAAGUAUGUGAUUUGAUACUCGUGCACACUUAACGCCGGUGUCUUCCAACAGCACUGUUUUCAGGUUUUGUGUUAUUAUUGUGAUGCCGACUUGAGUCUUGUUUUCUUAUAUAUGUGUUGGUGUGACGAUAUUGAGAAGGAUAUUGAAUGUAUUGAAUCUUAGUUAUGUACCUAUGUAAUAAAAAAAUACGAAAUUAA